UUGGCUAAAAAAAGACACAAAUGAAAUGACAACGGAUUUCAAUGUAGUUUCAUUAGCGUUAGGGACUAAUACAAUGUCCUAGGAAUCAUAAUUAACUGUUUGCUCCAUUUUCAAAUUUGAAACUACUAAUGAGGUGUUAAAUGCAAGCAAAUUAGAUGAAUUUAUUAGCCAAAAGAAAAAAAUACACAACUGCGAAGAGGCCUAAUAUAUAGAUAUAGGUAUUGAAAAAGAGUAAAAAUGCAACCACCGUUCAUCUAGUUUCCAUCAGCAAACUUCAUCUCCUUUCCCGUUCAGUAACCACCGUUAGCGCCGCCGUUAACCCCUUUACACCGCACUCCUCUCUUCUCCUUCGCAGAUCUAUUUUUCUUCAACCGAGGAUCGUGGAUAUACCACUGGUUCUGAGUAUAGUGUGAGACUGAUGAGUCCAGGUGUCAUCUCUGCAUGGAUGGGUUCACAUCACAUAUAAUUUAUGAUAAUGAUUGAUUGGUUUGGUGUAAAUGGCAAAUAAAUGUAGGGAGAUUUUGAUGGAUGCUGCAAACAGAUCUGAAGAUGUGGAGCAAACCCUUGAAACACAGGUCAAAGCCUUUUUUGACUCUGCUCCUCCUCUCCACAACAGUCAUGAUAUAACUCAAAAAUUGAAUCAAUUCAUUCAACGUAAUUCUUCAUCAUCGGAAAAUGGGGAAGCUAGGAGAAUUGUCUGUGUGACUUCUGGUGGUACCACGGCUCCAUUGGAGCAACGGUGUGUCCGCUAUGUUGACAACUUCAGUUCAGGUCAUAGAGGGGCCACAUCCACCGAGUACUUUCUGAAGGCUGGAUAUGCUGUCAUCUUUCUAUGUCGUAGGGGAAGUUUCCAGCCAUUUUGCAGAUCCCUUCCUGAUGAUCCCUUAAUUGAAUGCUUCGAGCCCACCAACGACUUAGAUAUUCAAGUUCGGAAUGCUUAUUCUGAAACAGUGAAGAGGGCUAUUGUGGAUCAUCAUACUGCAGUGGCAGGCGGUCACUUGUUAAAACUUCCUUUCGGCACCAUAUUUGAGUAUCUUCAGAUGUUGCAGAUAAUUGCAGUGUCAAUGAGGUGCAUUGGUCCACGUGCAAUGUUUUAUCUUGCUGCUGCAGUAUCUGACUAUUAUGUUCCGUGGAAGGAUAUGGUGGAGCACAAAAUUCAGUCAGGAUCUCACCUGUUGGACGUUAAACUUGUUCAAGUGCCGAAAAUGUUGUCAGUGCUUAGGGAAAACUGGGCUCCUCUGGCUUUCUGCAUAUCUUUCAAGUUAGAGACAGAUUCAAGCAUUCUUCUAAAUAAGGGUAAUGCGGCUCUCGAAAAGUACAAGAUGCAUGCAGUUGUUGCAAACGAACUCUCAACUCGCAAGGAGAAAGUGGUGGUCAUCACUAGAACUGAGAAGAUUACUGUUCUGCGAGAGACUAGUGAGUCUGAUGUAGAGAAUCCCCUGAUUAAAUUUCUUUCGGAGAGACAUGCCACUUAUAUUAAGGAUUCCAGUAGGUGACUCUAUUGGCCCUGACCUUUGGUUUCUUCUCCUUGUUGCAAAUUUGGGGUACCAUUAUUUCAGUAUUAUGGUUUAUUUUUUAAGGCCAUGGAGCAUAGAGUAAGAAAUAAAGUUGAUGUCUUGUUGUAUUAAAAAUAUUGUUUAACUUAUUAAUAUAUCCUUUAUGUUUAAUUUCUCAAUA